UUAGAAUCGUCAUCAUCUUACAUGCCGACCCGCCCAAUGCCAAAUUCGACCACAAACCUUGCACAGUAUGGAAUAAAUAGGUACAGCUAGACUGCUCGCGGUCCGAAAGUAGCUGGAUUGUUGGAAUAAGCUGUUGCCCAUCAUCUCCGAAUCUGAUGGAUCAAGAAUCGGAAGAUGCUUCGACGAUUGAGUUGACCUACAUUUGGGGGUUGAAAAAGGGCUGCAUUCUUACCGCCCUCACGAUCGCUUAUCUUCCACGACCUGCAACGACUCUGCCCCCUGAUACAUACAAGCUACCCAAACGAUAUGGGCAUCCCCGAUGGGUUUGGUUCUGCCCUCAUUUCGGCUUUGGUCUCUGCUGCGUUAUAUGGCAUAACAACUCUCCAGGGACUUACGCGUAUUUCAUGCACUACUCUACCAACGAUACCUCGGUCAUGAAGUUCCUGGUUGCUGCCACGAUUCUUGAAACUCUACAUGUCUCGCUCAUGUGUCAUAUCUUGUAUUACUACCUGAUAACCAAUUAUGGCAUUCCAACAAGUUUGGAGUAUGUUGUCUGGUCAUACCCAGCAUCAUUUCUAGUGAUUAUACUCGUGGUUUCUGUGGUUCAAUUAUUCUUCGCACAUAAAAUAUAUUGCCUUUGUCGGCCUCGAUUAAAGUGGUUGUUGACCAUCCCAAUUAUACUAUUAGUACUUGUUCGCUUUGGAUCGGGCAUGGUGCUGGGUGUUUUCAUGUUCGUCCAUAACGAGGCCACCGUCUUUACACAGACCAGGUUUUCCCUUGUGAUCCCCACUGGGUCCCCCCUCAUACUAUCGGAGAGUUUGAUUACAGUGUCACUUUGCGUACUUUUGUAUGGUGGCUCUCGCGACGGGUUCCCAAGAAUGAAGCGUCUCCUGCACACGCUAAUCAUCUACGCUGUUAACCGGUGUUUGCUGACUCUACUGGUCGCCAUCGCAAUGGACAUUAUGACCGUUGAGGUGCAGGUUUCGUGGGCAAUGGGAUUAGACUUCAUCAUUGGAAGGUUAUAUGCCAACUCGCUUCUAGCAUCGUUGAACACCCGGCAAUACCUUCAAUCCCAGAGUGCCGAACCCUCAGUAGAUAUACACAUCGAUGCUAUCAACUUCGCGGACCCGCAGAGGCUUUCUGGGCAGGGAGAGAGUUCAAAGGAUGGAGAAAGGCAAUUCGGGGUAUGAGAAGUUGCUCUGAUUGAUGUCACGGCCGAUCCGACACUUGAUCAAACUACAACGUUGCAAAGAGAGAGCGACGUAUAAUUCUGUUGCCAAUCGUAUCCACCUCUUGUAAUAGUGAACUAGCCGAGAUGGACGUUGAUCUGGUUCAGGGUAUUGCGG